AUGACUUCUUCCGUCGCAAAAGGCCGUCAACUUGAACGUGCAGUUGUCAACAAAUUGAGGGAUGCGGGGAUUGAGUGCGAAUAUACUGGUGCAAGAACAGAUAUAGCCCUUGCUAAAGGCCGUCAACUUGAACUUGCGGUUGUAAACAAAUUGAGGGAUGCAGGAAUUGAGCAUGAAAAUACUGAAGGGCUGGGAGACAUGGGAAUCGAUAUUAAAGGAGUUGCCUGCGGCAUCCCAUUUGUUGUACAAUGUAAGAAUUGGGGUCGAAAGAAUAUAG